UUGCCCGGCCUCGAUGUUUUCUUUUUUUUGUGGCCGCGGAAUAAAACGAAGUCGAUUUUCCUGGGAGUCCCUUCGAGGAAGCCAGCUUUCCCGGGGAGCUCCCGGCGGAGCGGCGCGGGCGAGAGACGACGACAACGCCUCCCGCCGACACUCCGCUGCCCGCGACCGAGGGUACCUCCUGAGGGGACGGGCCGAAGCCAAACCCCGCCCCGGCGGCGCAGGGGAGGGAGGGAGGCGCUGCGGAAGCGCAGGCGGCCGGGGCCGCGUUCCUGUCGGACCCUCAGGCGGCGGGAGGGCGGAGCGAGAGGCCGGUUGCACGGCGGCAUUCUCCAGAGCGGCCAUCGCUGGGGGCUCCAUGGAGAAGCGGGGCCCGGUGCUGCACAUCGUGGUGGUGGGCUUCCACCACAAGAAGGGCUGCCAGGUGGAAUUUUCCUAUCCUCCCCUAAAACGUGGAGAAGGACAUGACAGCCAGAGUUUACCAGAGGAAUGGAAAUACUUGCCAUUUCUCGCGUUACCAGAUGGUGCUCACAACUAUCAGGAAGAUACCGUUUUUUUCCAUCUGCCGCCGAGAUGUGGGGAUCGAACCACAGUAUAUGGCGUCUCUUGCUAUAGGCAGAUUGAAGCGAAGGCAUUAAAAGUACGGCAAGCAGACAUCACCCGAGAAACAGUACAGAAAAGUGUCUGUGUUCUCAGUCAGCUGCCUUUGUAUGGGUUACUUCAGGCAAAGCUGCAACUUAUUACACAUGCGUAUUUUGAAGAAAAAGACUUCUCGCAAAUUUCAAUUCUAAAGGAACUUUACGAUCAUAUGAAUAGUUCCUUGGGCAGUACUUUGCUAGAAGGGUCACAAGUUUAUCUUGGUCUCUCUCCUAGGGAUCUUGUUCUUCACUUUAGACACAAGGUCUUGAUCCUUUUUAAAUUGAUUCUUCUAGAGAAAAAGGUGCUGUUUUAUAUUUCUCCAGUAAAUAGAUUGGUGGGAGCUCUGAUGACUGUCCUGUCACUCUUUCCUGGUAUGAUUGAACACGGUCUUACUGACUGUUCACAGUAUAGACCAAGAAAGAGCAUAUCAGAAGAUGCUGGCUUGCAGGAAAAUACACCACGGUUAUCUGACUCUGUGUCUGCUGCUGAAACUUCAAAUACAAACUUGGGAAUGGGAGAGGGAGGCAGGAAGAUGGCAGGAAACCAUUCAGUGGAAGGUCAAAAAGCAAACGUGCCUUUUUCCCAGUCAGAGAAGACUUGGAAUGGAGCUCAGUCCUCCAAUGGUACUGUGCAGCGCUUGAAAGUUCCUUCCCGCACUUCUCCAGCAUCCUCUGAAAGUGACUGGGAGACCUUAGAUCCUAGCAUUUUGGAGGAGUCUAAUUUGAAAGAAGGAGAACGUGAAAAUACAGCAUCAGAACAGGCUGAAAAUCUUGCGAGCGAAGGCAUGAGCUCAGAAAGCCUUCCAAUCACUGUGCAGCCCCAAGCAAAUACAGGACACACGGUGCUUGUUCCAGGACUGAUAUCUGGGUUGGAAGAGGACCAGUAUGGUAUGCCGUUGGCUAUUUUUACAAAGGGGUACCUUUGUUUGCCAUACAUGGCACUGCAGCAGCAUCAUCUCCUGUCAGAUGUAGCAGUCCGUGGCUUUGUUGCAGGAGCCACCAAUAUCCUGUUCCGUCAGCAGAAACAUCUGAGCGAUGCAAUUGUGGAAAUAGAAGAUGCUCAUGUACAAAUCCACGAUCCAGAACUUCGUAAGAUCCUGAACCCAACAACCGCUGACCUAAGAUUUGCCGAUUACUUGGUGAAGCAUGUAACUGAGAACAGAGAUGAUGUUUUCCUUGAUGGCACUGGAUGGGAAGGAGGAGAUGAGUGGAUCAGGGCUCAGUUCAGUGCUUAUCUUCAUGCACUGCUUGCUGCGGUGCUGCAACCAGACAAUGAAAAAACUUUGUCAGACUUCGGAACAGCAUUUGUAGCAGCCUGGAAAAAUACCCACAACUACAGAGUAUGGAAUAGCAACAAGCAUCCAGCUCUUGCAGAGGUAAAUUCUAGCCACCCAUUCCAAGGACAGUACUCUGUAUCAGAUGUGAAGUUGAGAUUGUCACACUCUGUGCAAAACAGUGAACGUGGGAAAAAGAUUGGAAAUGUGAUGGCUUCUACUAGCCGAAAUGUUGUACAAACAGGAAAAGCUGUAGGUCAAUCAGUUGGAGGAGCCUUCACAAGUGCGAAAUCAGCUAUGUCAUCGUGGUUUUCCACUUUUACACAGUCAACCCCAAGCCUUGGGGACUAAAUGACGGUUUUGUACAAUGCUGCUGAAUAUUUCAGGUGCAAUGCUUUCAAUGAGCUGUAAAAAGGCCACUCUAAAACAUAGGAGUGGAGAUUAACUACCCAGGACCAAAAUAAGGCAUAUGUUGCUUGCAAGCAGACAUGGAAUAUUAUCAUUUGGUUUCACUAGAAGUAUAGAAGAAUGGUGAGUGUCUCCGUAUAAUGGGAUGGCAUUUGCAGUAUACUGGUUGUAUUUAAAAUGACUACUUUUCUUUAAAACUGAGCCUUUAUAAAGACAUUAGCAAACAGGGCUUGUUGCAAGCCAAAUGUGUUUGACUUUAGAUUUGUACAUUUUCUUGGAUGUUGAAAAUUAUUUAUGUAAACUAGUUAUAUUUUUCAAUCCAAAUAGCCAAAUGUUUGUGGAUUCUUGUUAGAAGUAAGCAGAGUAUAAAUACUGAUUCCUCUUUCAGGUUGGAUUUGAGAGCAUCUCUGCAAAAAGUAUAUGGUGAAAACCCUUAAAGGGUUCAAGCCAGGUGGAACUUUCUUGCUUUCACCUGCAAAAUAAAAUCAUCACGGGGCAGAGUAAGACUGUGGAUGACUUAAGGGUUUUUUUCCUUUCUCCUCUCUAGCCGUGUGCAGUUGUUUGCAUUGAUCUGGCUCUGGCUCUCUUUGUGUCCCCAAAUCUGUGCGACAGUUGCGAAAUCAGUAUUUUCUUGAUGUUAUCCAGUAGGCCUUCAUAACUUUGCAUACGUUUUGGCUGUGUUUUUACCCUGGGAUGUGAAUGGGAUUCCAGUUGGAGAGAUCUCUUCAGGAAGAGUAUUACAAAACAAUUCUCCCAAAUUGGGAUUGGAUCAUAAACACUUUUGUGAGGUCUUGCUCUAUUAUGAUGUAAUUACACCAUCAAUGUAGUUACAUACAUAAAUGAAUACAAAGUACUAAAAAUGCUUAAAAUUAGUACAGUAGCAAACUCUGUGUAUUUUUUUUUUUUGCCAGUAAAGUUAUGAAGACUCUUCCAAACGAAAAUCAGCUAUAUUGAUUUUCUGUGUCGACUCAGGGAAUGUUCUGUUUGGAUAACUACUUUUUUCAUACAGAAUUGAGAGGGUAACUGAAAUGGCUCGGUUCGUAUCCUUGUGUGAAGAAAUAUAAUAGUUUAUAUGAAAAGAUGUGGCAUAAUGCUGUAUUUCGUAUGUAACAUGCAUGCAGUAUCUUCUGUAUGCAAGCGUAUUCCGCUUCCUACGUUUCCUGAUUCUGAGAUUAUUUCCUGUUUCCCGCAAUGUGCGUGCCGCUAUAUGCCUUCUAAUAUCCCCACGUAAUAGCUGUUAACAUUUUCUACAUUACAUUAUCAAAUGUUCCAACUUGCUGCAGUUAAAAGGCUUUUACUUUAUUGCCUCAUCCGUAUCUGUCAGCAUUUUGCCAUGUUCUUUUCUGGGGCCAAGCCUUCAAGUCAUGGUUAUUUUUUCUGUUCCUCAAAUAAAAUGCAGAAACUGUACAAAAGAUGACCAUGAAGGUUUGAAUGUAAUUUGUUUUAAGAAAUUAACGUUCUAGUUUCUUUAGGUGCAUUUGAAAAGCUAAUAGAAAAGCCACACUUGUAUCACAUACUGUCCAACAACUCAGUUUUCAGUUUUCUUGCUUUGGACGGCAAUUUGAAAACACAGGAUCUGGUUUAAAGCCUUCAUUAGUUUCUUUCCAGGAGAAGCUAGAUAGAAUGGCUGUGGAAAACCUGAGAGAGUAGACAGCUCGUUUGAGUAGUUUCACUGGAGAAGGGCAAAAAAGGCCCCUAAAGUUCUACUAAUCUGUUGCUUCUGACAUAGAAGUAAAAUGUAUCUAUAGAACUGCAACUAUUGCUGCUGGUCUCUGUGUGUAUUUCUGUAUCUCCUAAAACUUCUGAUGCUCUUUUCUAUUUUAUUCCACAGCUCUGUAAUAGCCAUUUAUAUCUUUUUCAAACAUUAAGUAAUACUUGAUAUGCAGGAAGAGCUCUGGUGAAAUAAGACUAGGGCUGCAUUUAUUCGUGAUGAGUCUAGAGCUUUCUGAUUCAGCAUGCAGAUAAGAAAAUAAUCAAAAAUAAUCACUUGCUUUUGUGAAAUGGCUAACGUAUUAUCUGCUGUCUGCGAUUUAAGUGGUCAGGCUUCAUGUUGUAGUGAAGCCUGAAUACAGGUGCCUAAAGGGUUUAAGCACCUAUAAAACUAACUUAAGGCACACUAUAGAUAAAUUUAGGCUUGGGAGCUCAUGAUGCGAGUUCUAGGAGCCAGGCAAGUUGUUGGUAUUUAUAUGUACGAGGUAUAGAAACAGGACCUUCAAGGAUCCUUUUUCAAUAUCCUUGUCUUUGUCACCUCCUCACCUGAGUUUCUUCUGUAGAAUUCUCCUAUGCCCAAAAUUUGUAUAGCCAAUUUGUAUAGCUCUCUGCAUUCCCCUUAUUCCCACAGACUCCAUCGCUGGCCCAGGGAUAUUAGAAAGCUGAUUUUUUUUUUUUUUUACUUUUAUUUUUGGUAGAUUGAUCUGAGGAAAAGCAGAAUGAGGUGCCCUCUGCAGUGCUAAGCUGAUGCACAGCUGCUUGCUGCUUUGUACAGGGACUCUAUUAUGAUACUUCACAGUAUUUCUCUUACGGGGGAGAAGAUCAGGCAGAUCUUUCUCUGCUGUCUUUUUCCUACUGUCCCAGCUGUCUCUGUUGUGGAGCCAAACAUACAACCUGAUUAAGAGUAUUUUCCUUUCUUCACAAAUGAUAGAAUAAGAAACUUUUAUUCAUUUUCAACCUUUUUAAGAACUGGCAUCCUGCUAGCAAAUUUUAAACUCAGUGAUUAAGACUCAUGCAGCGGGUGGAGAUGAACUGAUCUUUGUGAGAUGUGUUCUUCAUUGACAUGUAUGCUUGCUCUUUGAUAUGUGCUUAAGCUUACUUUUGGGCUGUAGGAAGGCAUGCAGUCACUGACGUUCAUCUAAGUUCACGUAGUCCUGUUCUUAAUUUAAUGGUUGUAACCUCUUUAGUUAAAUCCAAUGCAAAUGCAAGUUAUUUUCCUCCCUUCUGUUUUAAAAUUUCCAGUGCAAGCAUUAUUACUUAAUCAGAAAGAUUUAGGCAGUCGACUUCCAUUUGAAAGACCCUGACAUCCAUUUCUGCACUGCAAGAAACACCGAAUCCUAAACAAAUUGGUGGUAGUGCCUCUAAUGAGUCAACUGUGAAGCUGUCGUUAUGGCUCUGUCAUGAUGUAUGUUGCAAGGGUAUUUCUGGCUGUCAACGUACAACAUGAAGUGACUUCCAGGUAAUACAGUAGCACAUCUCCUGACCUUCUGGCGUCAAAAGCAUCAGCCUCUGCUUUUUGUAUGUGCUGGUAUUUGAGGAACUGCCUAUUGAGCAUAGGAGAGAAGAUACAAGGCCCCAAAACUCCACAACACUUAAAUAUCAUUGACCUAAUAUUUAAUUUGACAAAAACGAUCAGCAUUUUUCAUCAAUCACUUUCACAUCACAGCCUGAAUUCCUGUGCACAUCUGACACAUUUCCUCAAAUACCACAAUGUAAUUAUCUUUUUUUUUUUUUUAGAUCAGCGUUCUAGUACAUUGCACUUGUUUGACCUUCUGCGUCCGUUUUAAGCACCUUUGUAAUUAAAUUUAGUAUUUUGCCUAAACAAGCUUUUGAGUUACAUAGAAAUUAUUACUGAGCAGAGAAACUAACGUGGCAGUACUUAAUUGUAAUACUGAAGGCAUGAGUGCAGUUUUUAAACAUAGAAACUGUUGCUUGAUAACUGAACAUACAAGUAAUGUAUUUGAUUUUUCUUGUGCUGCUUGAAAAAUAAAUACAUCCGGCCUGUUUAAAGCUCUGUCUGCUCAAAAAGCUGUAUUAUUUUAAGAUUAACCCCAGUAGAAGACACUUGAAGGCAUCUGGUUUUGAUAUUGGUAGCUGCUUGUAAUACACUUGGCAGUCCUUUUGAAAUUUGUCUUCCAUUUAAGCCAAUUCUGGAUGUUGCUUUUGCAAAUUUAGGACGAGAGGAUCCUUUAGUGUGACAUCUUAUUCCCUGUUGGGUACUGAUCAUUGUGAAUUGAUUAAAGUCUUCAGCAGGUCACAGACCUCUCUUACAUCAGUUAAGAAGUUUAGGUAUAACUGUAAAAUUUUGAUUGAGAUUUAGCUUCAAAACAGUACGUAGUUUAUUUGGAUUGUGACAUCUGGUCAAAAUCAGGAUGCUGAAUAAAUUGAUCUGCUGCACACCCAGCUCUCUGCUAUAGUGAGCUAUUUUAAAACUUCUACUGUAACUAUCACUGUACCUAGCUGAGAAUGAUUUGGUAAAUUGCUUUUUUGCAGUAGAAGGAAACCAACUGCCUUGAAUAACAUUCAGAUGUGAAUUAGAUGAGGCUUAUGUCUAGAAAACGGUUACAGUUCUCUAAAAUGCAUUAAAAUUUUUCUGACCGGAUGCAAGUAGUUGUGCAAACACACUGAAAGAUAAAUUUACAUCAUGUUGUUUAUGCGGUGUAAUUUUACUUUCUUGCAGGUAUUUAGUUUUCAUUAAAAAGGGCAACAUGGAGAGUAUUCAUUAAAGGCAGAAUCACUACGUUAUUGUAAUAUGAUUAAAGAUGUAUGACAAAUUGC